CCCCCCCCCCCCCCCCAUGCUAGCAAUAGUUGUCAAACAAUUUGGAAGAGUUUCUUAUCAUGAAUUGUCAAAUGGGACUGGUGGAUUUUCUGAAACCAAUCUGCUUGGUCAAGGAAGCUUUGGGGCGGUAUAUAAAUGCACUUUUCAAGACAAGGGAACUAUUGUCGCUGUGAAGGUUUUUAACCUCGAAAAAUUUGGAUGUACAAGAAGUUUCAUGGCUGAAUGUGAGGCACUAAGAAGGGUGCGUCACCGUUGUCUCAUAAAGACAAUCACAUGCUGCUCAAGCAUCAAUCACCAAGGUCAAGAUUUUAAGGCGCUGAUUUUAGAGUUCAUGCCAAAUGGUAGCUUAGAAGACUGGCUUCACCCAAAAUCUGGCAUGCCAACUUUGAAGAAUACGCUCGAUAUAUCACAAAGGCUGGACAUUGCAGUUAAUGUCAUGGAUGCUUUGGACUAUCUUCAUAAUCAUUGUCACCCGUCAAUUGUUCAUUGCGACCUCAAGCCAAGUAAUAUCCUUCUUGCAGAAGAUAUGAGUGCACGAGUUGGAGACUUUGGCAUGUCAAGAAUUCUUUCAGAAAGUGCAAGUAAAACCCUACCAAUUUCUAGUAGCACAACUGGAAUUAGAGGCACCAUUGGUUAUGUUGCUCCAGAGUAUGGUGAAGGUUCUUCCAUCUCAACUCUUGGUGAUGUUUAUAGCCUUGGCAUAUUACUGCUUGAAAUGUUUACAGGAAGACGCCCAACAGAUGAUAUUUUUAGAGGUUCAUUGGAUCUGCACAGGCAUUCAAAGGAUGCUCUUCCAGAAAGGAUCUGGGAGAUCGCUGAUGCAACAAUGUGGCUGCACACAGACGCCUUUGACAACACUACAAGAAGUAAAAUUGAGAAUUGUUUGGUUUCUGCCAUUGCUCUCGGGGUAUCCUGCUCCAAGAAGCAGCCUAGAGAGAGGACACUGAUACAGGAUGCAGUUGCUGAGAUGCAUGCUAUCAGAGAUUCAUACCUUAUGUUUGCUAGACCUCUUCUGGUGGAACAUGGAGAUGGAGUACUAACAAAUCUUCAGGAUUUCCAGUAACAUGAAUAAGCAGAGGACAAAACGGGAAAGAUGCAUGUAGAUGGUCUCUUUCCUGAAAUAUGGAUUUGUUGCAUUCUUUUGGUAGGUAAAUGCCAGUAACAUUCCCAUUCGAAAACAAUUUGCAUGCAUUUUCUCAAUAAAAAAGGGAUGUUUAGUAAAUGUGUAAAAUAGAGAAAAUCAACAGUUCUACCAGUUAUUGGCAUGCCUUUUCUUUUGGAGGCAGGUGUUGAUGCAAUAACAUGUAUGUAAAAAUCUUAUAUUUCCUUUGAUCUGUUAUCACUAUAACUACCAAUAAGACAUGCGAGUCAAUAAAGCAUGCAGGUCCCGCGACAUAAUCCAUGAAACAGACAUUCAAAACUUCAGUGAAGGAUUUUCUAUCAGAAAGAGACCACAUUUCAGGCUUUUCAUGAAGAUCAAAGAGGCUGG